GUGGCUGGCCCCAGGUCUCUCUUUCCUCAGCGACUGAUGAUGCUGAAUGCUACGCUUCUGUGAUUGGGUUAGCCGAAAUGAGACAGGCGGCUAUUGGGGAUGCUCUGUGGAGCCCUGAUGUGGAUCCGGGAGGAAGCUGGGAACCCUGGGCUCGGUGGUAGCUCCCACUUACGGAGGGUGUGAAGGAAUGGACCAAGAGCAGAAGCCAGGAGCCGGGCUGCUGCACCUGCUGCAGCUCCUGUGUCUGCUGCCCCGCUGCUGGGCGGUGCCCGGAGGAGCCCCUGCUCCAGUGUUGUGGGAAGGCCUGCAAAACCACACGUUUCGGCACACCGUGUUCUGCCAGGAUGGGAAUCCCAGCAUAGGGCUCUCCGAGUCCUACGACGAAGAUCAGCUCUUCUAUGACUUCUCCCAGAACACCCGGGUACCCCGUCUGCCCGACUUUGCCGACUGGGCUCAGGAACAGGGAGACGCCUCUGCCAUUUCAUUUGACAAAGAGUUCUGCAACAUGUUAAUUCAGGAGAUUGGCCCACAGUUGGAAGGGUUAAUCCCAGUGUCCAGAGGUUUGCCUGUGCCUGAGGUGUUCACACUGAAGCCCCUGGAGUUUGGCAAGCCCAACACGCUGGUCUGCUUCAUCAGCAAUCUCUUUCCGCCGACCUUGACCGUGAGCUGGCAGCAUCACUUCGUCCCUGUGGAGGGGGCCAGCCCCACGUACAUCUCAGCCAUCGAUGGGCUCACCUUCCAGGCUUUCUCUUACUUAAACUUCACACCGGAGCCGUUUGACAUUUACUCCUGUGUCGUGACACAUGAGAUUGACAGCUACACACCAAUUGCCCACUGGGUACCCCAGAACGCCCUGCCUUCAGACCUCCUCGAGAAUGUGUUGUGUGGUUUAGCCUUCGGCCUGGGGCUUCUGGGCAUCAUCACGGGCAUUGCCUUCUUCAUCUGGUCCCAGAAGCCUUGUUCAGUUGACUGAGUCUUCUGACCUGAGCACAGGCCUUGCCAGCAGGGAUGCCCAAGGUUCCCGGUGCCUACCCAGGGCCUCUCAUCGGAGCAGAAGCCCCUGGGACCCCUCAGGGUGUUUGCCAGUGUGUGGGUGUCUGGGCUGAGGGCUCUGCUGUCCUUGGAGUUGCAUCCAGAAGAACUCGGAUCAGGAGCCCAGGGCACCACUCCUCAUCACCUCAUACCUUCCCACUUGGAAGAAAUAAACCUUAAUUUUUAACAUUAGCUUGACCCCUCCCUCCCAAGCUAGGCAAGCAUUCUGCCGCCAAGCCGCACCCCAGCCCACUGUGCCUUCUUCACUUGUGGGAUUUGCUUCUGGACUCCUGACUCAUUUCAGAGUCAACAUACCUUAACCUGGACACGGCUCAUUAGGGAGGGAGACGGGAAAGCCGCUCUCCCAGCCCAGCUCCUGUAUCCUGAUCUCAGCAUAGCUGAUGGCAGCUUUUUAAUCCCAUCAGCUUGUGUAAAAUAUGUGAGAGCGGAAAGCAGAGAGAGUUUCCAAUAAUCAAUAAAAUGGUUGAGGAAAUUGCA